AGCCACUGACCGGCGGCGUCGUUAAGGACCCCACAGAACAACAUGGCGGCCCCUGCUUCUAAGUCGGUCCUGUUCGUUUGUUUGGGGAAUAUUUGCAGAUCCCCCAUCGCUGAAGCUGUCUUCAGGAAGAUGGCAACGGAUGCUGGCGUUGCUGAUAAGUGGGUCAUAGACAGUGGCGCCACAUCUGACUGGAAUAUAGGCAGCUCACCGGACGACCGCGGUCUGGCCUGCCUCAGGAAUCAUGGCAUUGAGACGAGCCACAGGGCCCGACAGGUGACCAAGGCAGAUUUCACGAGCUUCGAAUACAUUCUCUGCAUGGAUGAGAACAACUUGAGUGACCUGAACAGGAAAGCGAACUCGGUGAAAAAUUACACUGCAAAGAUUGAGCUUCUUGGUUCAUAUGACCCUCAGAAGCAGCUGAUCAUCAAAGACCCAUAUUAUGGGGGUGCCGAAGACUUCGAAAAGGUGUACGAUCAGUGUGUACGUUGCUGCAAAGUUUUUCUGGAGAAGAAUUCCUAACAUCCGAUCUUGAAACAUCUUUCUAAAGUCUUGGCUGUGUCACAUAAGCACUUAUCAGUAUAACCCUCCUGCGACUGUCACUGAAAGACCACCAGGAUACUUCAGUUUAAUUGCUUCAAAUAAUACACAAAAUACACAUUGUAUACGUUUAGAACAGUGCUGCGUGGACAAGUUUGCAGACUGUAAAUUCAGGUGAAUAGUAAAAUAAAAUGAAGUUAAAAUAUG